AACAUCCCAUUCAUUAUCUGGGGCAAAAUAAGGUUUACACAUGCAUGAACCAGAAGAAAUUAGACUUGCAUCUGCAGUGCAUCUGGGACCAGUCACACAGAGAGAAAGAGAAGUCAGUUCCAAGAUGAUAAGAGUGUAGAGCCAGGGAUUCCUGUGGCAGACUCCAUGACAAAACACCUUCAAGUAGAGACAAGACCUAUACCUCUCUCUCCUUUCCUCUCUUCAAAGAAGAAAAAAACCAGCAUAGGAGAAAGGAAGGACAAGAUCUUUCCAUCAACUGUGUGAUUAGCAUGCCCCAGACCGGAAGGUGAAGCUGCUACACUUUCAGAUACUCCAUAUCAAGAUUCAAGAGAGAGCUAAAGCUAUAGGAGUGAGCAGCAAUAGCAAGAGCCAAGAACAGCUAGCUACUCCAGCUGAGAGCCAAGAACCGGUCAAGCUUUGCUUCUUGCACUUCUUGCUAGCUAAAGCUACUCCGGUCACUUUUCUGCUAUAGUAGCUCUUGGCUCUUGCUUAUCACAAGAGACCACAAUCUUGAUCGAAGAAAUUUGAGCUAGCGCUUCGUUCUGAUUCUUGGAGAUACUGGGAGAUCGAGCUGUGGUUUUGUGGCUCGUAGGAUGGGAGAGGCUAGGAGAGGGCAGAAUCCUCAUCAUGUUCUUGGCUAUGGCUUCCAUGGCACCACCUUGCCCAACUCCAUGGCUUCUGCAAACCUCUUCGAGCAAGGAGGAGGAGGAGGAGGUGGCGCUGCCUAUUUUGGAGAGCUAGAAGAAGCUCUUGUUCAUCAGGUUGCCACACUCAGGAGGAGGGCUCAACAAACUGCAACCACCACCACCUCUCACCAUGGACACACCACUCCCUUCUCCACUGCUGCUGCUGCAGCUACAGCAACAGCAACAGCUAGGCCUCCUGCUACACUGGACAUCUUCCCAUCCUGGCCUAUGAGGAGGAGCUCUCUUCCAACACCGAAGGAUGGAUGUUCAAAUGUAACGGCAGACACAACGGACUCCGAGAGCAGCAGCAAGAACAACGGCGAUCAGGGUGCAGCAGCAGCCGACAUGGCGAGCCAGUUUGAUCAGAUCCCACAGCAGCAGCAGAAGCAGCACAAGAAGAUGGCAGCAAGUUCCACUCACAGUGACCACAGGAUGACAAAGACACUUGAUCCAAAGAUAAUGAGAAGGUUAGCCCAGAACCGAGAGGCAGCACGCAAGAGCCGGCUGCGAAAGAAGGCUUACAUCCAGCAGCUUGAGAGCAGCAAGUUGAGGCUGGCUCAGAUGGAGCAGGAUCUCGAGAGAGCUCGUUCCCAGGGCCUCUUGCUGGGAGGAUCACCAGGUGGAAACACCAGCGCAGGAGCGGCGAUGUUCGACGCCGAGUACGGGCGGUGGCUGGAGGACGGCGGGCGGCGGAUGGCGGAGCUGCACGGCGGGCUACACGCGCACCUGCCGGACGGCGACCUGAGGGCGAUCGUCGACGACGCCCUGGCCCACUACGACGAGCUCUUCCGCCUGAGGGCAGCCGCCGCCAAGGCCGACGUGUUCCACCUCAUCACUGGCACGUGGGCCACCCCCGCCGAGCGCUGCUUCCUCUGGAUGGGCGGUUUCCAACCGUCCGAUCUGCUCAAGACAGUGGCACCCCAGCUAGACCCUCUGACUGAACAGCAAGUGGUUGGCAUCUGCAGCCUUCAGCAAUCAUCGCAGCAGGCAGAGGAAGCUCUCUCCCAGGGCCUGGAGCAGCUGCAUCAGUCACUAGCUGAGACCGUCGCCAAUGGCGGCUCCGUGGUCAACGAAGCCAGCCUUGGGAGCUUCAUGGGUUACAUGGCCCUUGCCCUGGGCAAGCUGUCCAACCUUGAAGGCUUUGUCAUACAGGCUGAUAACUUGAGGCAACAGACUCUUCAUCAGAUGCACAGAAUUCUGACAAUUAGGCAGGCAGCUCGAUGUUUCUUGGCAAUUGGCGAGUACCAUAAUCGCCUCCGUGCCCUCAGCUCCCUCUGGGCUUCUCGUCCCCGAGAGAUAUUGGUGGCAGAUGAAGGCAACUGUGGAGAGCUAAGCAUAGCAGCACAACCAUCUGAAAGCCAAUUUUCAGCUUUCUGAUUUACAAGGACUUUGAAGACUAACCUUCAGAUAGGAGCAGAAGUAAGCAAAACUGGGAACAAAUUUUGGAAGUAAUCUGACACGUGUGGGAAACACUGAUAUGAGCUGGGAAACAAUGCAAGCUCCAGAACUAGGAAGAUUUCUCAGAACCCAGAUUGCAUAGAACUCACAUGGUAAUUUGCCUGAGAUGUCAAAUGAUUUAAUGUCCUGCCCAGUGACAACAAAAAGGGGUUAGCUAGAUUUUGUUGCUGAAAUACUACUUAUUUAUGUGAUUUAGUGGCAAAUUAUGUUUCCCGUGAAGCCCUUCA